AUGUCGUCCCAAGCUCGACCUGAUAGUCCAGGAAAUCCGGCUCAUCGAAACGAACAUACCACCACAGCUGAUCAAAUCAGGAAAGAAGAGAAUGUGAUUGAAAAUGAAAAAAGUACAUUGGGACAAGAGAAUCAAACUAUCCCAGGUGGUAUUUUCAUGCCUUCAUCUGCAAUAGGUACAAUGGCUGCACCUCCCAUCGUACCUCUAUCGACCAAUUCAACUUCAACUUCAACUUCCACACCUUCCAUGACCUUAUCUGAAAAACAUAAACAUGAAAAUGGUUUCAAAAAUGAAAAACCAUCUUCCAGAGAUGAAAAGAAGAAAGGAUUCUCAUUUAAGAAAUCGAAAAAAGACAAAGACAUUGAAAAUAAUAAAUCCAAAGAAAAAGAAGAAGAAUCCAAUGUUUUACCACCUGUAUCCAUGCUACAGUUAUUCAGAUUCUCGACUGGAUUAGAAGUAGUUGGAAUGAUAACCGGAUUGAUAUUAGCUGUGGCAGCGGGUGCAGCACAACCUCUAAUGACAUUAAUUUUCGGUAGAUUGACCACAAGUUUUACUUCUUAUGGAGCCAUCGUUCAGAUUAUAGCUGGAAGUUCUACUGCUUUAACACAAGAUCAACUAAAUCAAUUACAAAAUGCCAAAAAUGAUUUGAAAACUCAAGCUGGACAUAAUGCUUUAUACCUUUUAGCUUUAGGUGUAGGAAUGUUUUUGACUACUUGGCUUUACAUGUUCAUUUGGAAUGUCACCGGUGAAUUGAACGCUAAAAGAGUAAGAGAGAAUUACCUCAGAGCUGUUUUGAGACAAGAAAUCGCAUACUUUGAUGACUUGGGUGCCGGUGAAGUCGCCACCCGUAUUCAAACAGAUUGUCACUUGGUCCAAGAAGGAACAUCGGAAAAAGUCGCUUUGAUCGCUCAAUAUCUAGGAGCUUUCGUCACCGGUUUCGCCUUGGCUUUUGCCAGAUCAUGGAGAUUGGCAUUAGCUUGUUCAUCCAUCGUACCAGUGAUAGCGAUCGCGGGAGGUAUCAUGAUGACAGCAAUGGCAAAAUUCGGUACUGGAGCUUUGGAACAUGUGGCAAAAGCAGGAAGUUUAGCUGAAGAAGUUAUCGGUUCAAUAAGAACAGUGCAAGCUUUUGGGAAACAAAAACUUCUAGGUCAGAAAUUCAAUGACCAUAUCGAGUUGAGUAGAUUGGCUGGAAGGAGGGGUGCGUUGAUUGAAGCUGGUGGUUUGAGUAUCAUGUUCUUCUCCAUCUACUCGGCAUACGCUUUGGCAUUCUUCUACGGCGCUAUUCUCGUUACUCAAGGUAGAGCCAAUAGUGGUAUAGUAAUCAACGUGUUCAUGUCUAUUCUUAUCGGAGCUUUCUCAAUGGCGAUGAUGGCACCUGAACUGGCGUCAAUCGCAAAAGCUCGAUCUGCAGCUGCGAAGUUAUUCCACACGAUCGAUCGAGUCCCAUCCAUCGAUUCCGCCAGUCUCGAAGGGUCAAAACUUGAAACUGUUCACGGCGAGAUAGAAUUUGAGAACGUCAAAUUCCAUUAUCCCUCCAGACCCGGUGUUCCCAUCCUCAAAGGCCUCACCACCACCUUCCACGCCGGCAAAACAUUUGCGCUUGUAGGAGCAAGUGGUAGUGGUAAAAGUACAGUUGUCAGUUUAGUCGAAAGAUUCUACGAUCCAAUCCAAGGUACCGUUAAACUGGAUGGUAGGGAUAUCAAGACACUCAACUUGAAAUGGCUUCGUCAACAAAUCGGUCUUGUAUCACAAGAACCUACACUUUUCGGAACUACUGUUCGUGGUAAUGUCGAGCACGGAUUGAUUGGAUCAAGAUGGGAACAUUCCACCGAUGCUGAAAAGUUUGACUUGGUCAAAAAAGCAUGUUUGGACGCCAAUGCGCACGAUUUUAUCAUGAAACUUCCCAACGGAUACGAUACAAUGGUCGGUGAGAGAGGAAUGCUCUUAUCUGGUGGUCAGAAACAACGUGUCGCAAUCGCACGAGCUAUCGUUUCCGAUCCAAGAAUCUUGCUGCUCGAUGAAGCCACUUCAGCUUUGGACACCCAAAGUGAAGGUAUCGUUCAAGACGCUUUGGAUAAAGCUUCAAAAGGUAGAACAACUAUCACAAUCGCUCAUAGGUUAUCAACAAUUCGAGACGCCGAUAGAAUUCUGGUUAUGGGUGGUGGUGAAAUCUUGGAAGAAGGAAACCACAACGAAUUACUUGCAAACGAAAGUGGAUCUUACGCUCAAUUAGUCGCCAAUCAAAAAUUAGCUCAAUUAGCAGUAGUAGAUGCAUUGACAGUUGUUCCUCCUGAAGAUCAUGCCUUGGCAUCCAAAGCCUUACCUGCCGAUUCACCCAUCAAAGAAAAAGAAUUCUCUGAUUUAAAACGUGCUGUAACUGGUAGAUCUUUAGCUAGUGCAGCAAUGGACGAUAUAGAGGCAAGGAGAGCGACUGAAGCUGCUGAAGAGGACAAAUUACCUAAAUCAUUCUCCUUGUACAAAAGACUAAUUGCGAUGAAUUGGGCCUCCAAGAAUACGUAUUUCAUUGCUACCAUCGGUGCCAUAGCCUCAGGUAUGGUCUACCCGGCUUUGGCAAUCCUAUUCGGUUAUGCCUUGGCAGAUUUCCAAAUCCAAGACUUUGGUGAAUUGAAACAUCAAUUGAAUAGAAAAGCACUUUUCUAUUUCGUCACUGCCAUACUAGCUUUCAUCGCUACUUAUGCACAAGUUACAGGCUUCUCGAGAACAGGUUGGGACCUGAACGCCAGAUUAAGGAAAGAAACUUUCCGAGCUGUACUUAGACAUGACAUAGGGUGGUUUGAUGAGGAAGAGAAUUCAACCGGUGCUGUCACUUCAAACCUCGCUGAGAACCCUCAAAAAGUACAGGGUCUCUUCGGUGUAACUCUAGGUACACUCGUGCAAUCUUGUGCUACUUUACUUGGUGGUUGUAUUAUCGGUUUAUGUUACGGACCUCUUCUCGCUCUCAUCGGUAUCGCUUGUAUCCCGUUGCUGGUUUCUGGAGGAUACAUCCGACUCAAAGUCGUCGUCUUGAAAGAUCAAAAGAUGAAGAAACUUCAUGCUUCCUCUGCUCAUUUGGCUUCUGAAGCUGCUGGAGCAGUAAGGACGGUGGCCAGUUUGACCAGAGAAGAUGAUGUCGACAGAAUCUAUUCCGAGGCCUUGAAAGAGCCCAUGAGAGUCAAUUUCCGAACAUCAAUCAAGUCACAAGCUUUAUAUGCCGCAAGUCAAGGUAUCACUUUCCUCAUCAUUGCUCUGGUAUUCUACAUUGGUGCACUAUGGAUCAUCUCCGGUAGACUCAAUACAAGUUCCUUCUUCACCGUAUUGACUUCAGUUAUCUUCGCUUCCAUGCAAGCAGGAAACGUUUUCACCUUUGUACCCGAUGCUUCAAAGGCCAAUUCAUCCGCUUCCUCGAUUUUCAGAUUAAUUGACAACGAACCUGAAGUUGAUGCUGAUUCGCCCGAUGGGUUGAGAUUGAAUCAUGAGAGCGUUCAAGGUCAUAUCAGGAUUGAAGAUGUACAUUUCAGAUAUCCUACUCGACCUAGUGUCAGAGUUUUAAGAGAAUUGAGUAUAGAUGUACCCGCUGGAUCAUAUGUCGCACUGGUCGGACCUUCUGGAUGUGGUAAAUCAACUACUAUCCAACUUCUCGAGAGAUUCUAUGAUCCCUUGAUUGGAAGAAUCACCUUGGACGGUGUCGAUGUCAAAGAUUUAAACGUUGCAAACUUCAGAGACCAAGUCGCUCUGGUAUCUCAGGAACCUACACUAUAUGCCGGAACAGUAAGAUUCAAUAUCCUUUUGGGAGCCAGUAAACCUAUCGAACAAGUUACAGAAGAAGAGAUAAUAAAUGCUUGUAAAGAUGCCAAUAUCUACGACUUCAUCAUGUCUCUACCUGAUGGAUUCGACACCGAAGUUGGAGGUAAAGGAUCACAAUUAUCAGGUGGACAGAAACAAAGAAUAGCAAUUGCGAGAGCAUUAAUCCGAAAUCCAAAAGUAUUAUUAUUGGAUGAAGCUACAAGUGCUUUAGAUAGUCAAAGUGAGAAAGUGGUUCAAGAAGCUUUAGAUAAAGCUGCCAAAGGUAGAACUACCAUCGCAAUCGCACACCGAUUAUCAUCCAUUCAACAUUCAGAUCAGAUCUAUUAUUUCUCAGAAGGUAAAGUUGCUGAACAUGGUACACAUCAAGAAUUGUUAUCUAAGAAAGGAGGAUAUUACGAACUCGUUCAAAUGCAAAAUCUCAGUAGACAAUAA